CUUGAUCUCAACGCAAAGUAGAAGACAGUGACCUUUUUCCAGAGAGGAGAAAGGUGUGAAACCCCUCCACCAUAGCUCAUAUUCCUCUCUCACCUUAACAAAUUCUGAUAGAGAAGCUUCGAUCCAUAGCUGUAAAUUGAUUGUUUCGGUUUCCCCAUUCCAAUCCAAUCCAAACGCCUUCUGUUAAUGGGUAACGGCCAUGGCCACCGCAAGCAUUUCAACCAUGACGUAAAUUCCUCUCCAUCCACUACAAACGCUCAUUUCCCCUCCAAUAAAUACUCCCCAUCUCAACCCACUUUUCGAAAUUCCUCCUCCACGACGAAGAUGGAGUCCUUGCCCUACGCCCACGUUGAUUCCAGCCUUCGAGCCCUUGCAGCUCAGGCUGAGGGCUUUGGCCGCUCUGCCAUUGGUGGUCUCCAUGGUUCUGUUUAUUGUGUCACCAAUUUGGCAGAUGAUGGUCCGGGAUCACUUAGGUUCGGAUGUCGUAAGAAGGAGCCCCUUUGGAUUAUCUUUGAAGUUUCGGGCACAAUUCACUUGUCUUCGUAUCUGAGUGUGUCGUCGUAUAAGACUAUAGAUGGUCGUGGUCAAAGGAUAAAACUUACAGGAAAGGGAUUGAGGCUUAAGGAAUGUGAGCAUGUGAUUAUUUGCAAUUUGGAGUUUGAAGGUGGUAGAGGUCAUGAUGUUGAUGGAAUUCAAAUUAAGCCUAAUUCAAAGCACAUAUGGAUAGACCGUUGCAGCCUCCGAGACUAUGAUGACGGGUUGAUUGAUAUCACCCGAGGAAGCACAGAUAUCACUAUUUCUAGGUGUCACUUCUCACACCACGACAAGACAAUGCUCAUCGGAGCAGAUCCCUCUCACAUUGGUGACCGAUGUAUCCGUGUCACUAUCCACCAUUGUUUUUUCGAUGGUACACGUCAACGCCAUCCACGUGUUAGAUAUGCUCAAGUGCAUCUAUACAAUAAUUACACCAGAAACUGGGGGAUCUAUGCUGUCUGUGCUAGUGUGGAAUCACAGAUAUACUCUCAGUGCAACAUAUAUGAAGCGGGAGAGAAAAAAGUGGCAUUUAAAUAUCUAACUGAAAAGGCAACAGACAAGGAAGAGCCUUCAAGUGGUUGCAUAUGGUCUGAUGGAGAUUUAUUUGUAAAUGGCACUCAAAGUGGGCUGUUGGCUGCAACGGCUGGACACAACUUUUUUCAUCCUUCAAAGCAUUACUCUUCUUGGACAGUGGAACCUCCAACAGAUUCUCUUAAACAGAUUCUCCAACAUUGUACUGGAUGUCAAAACAUGCCAAGACCCACUGAUCUGCCCUUGGUACCUUAAAAGAUUAUAUAACUUGUUGAGAUUGUAGUUUUGGGCCCUGAACUUUUAUCCACUUUUCAUUUUUGGUCCUUGAAGUAUAGUUUGACUUUGGCCCUUUGAAGUUUUAACAUCUCAACUUUAGUCCUUUCUUAACUUCUUUGUCAAAUCCACUUUUAAGUCCCUAUGUAAAACCAUUGUGUUUAAUUUUAGUAUUGGUGUGAUAUCAAAGCGUAACCUUAUAUAUUGUAUAUAACGAUAUAUACAAUAUUUAAUUUUACUAUUGGUGUGACUACACAAUAAAUCCUUUCUUCACUUCUCUACUA